AUGAAGCUCUCGUUCCAAUUCAGCGCGGUGGUCGUGCUCCUCUGCACCAUCCUCCCGGCCCUCGCCGACAGCCACGUCAAGACGGUGCACUGCAGGGACACGGCCGCUUCCGGCGCUGGCGCCCGCCCCGCCGCCGGCUCGCUGGCCAGCAACAACGUCAAGGCUGCUUCAGCCGCUCCGGCUGCCCAGGCCGUCAAGGCCGCACCGGCGGCCAACGCUGCCCCCGCGGUCAAGGCCGCCGUCGGCGGCAAGGUGUGCAACAUCGUCGACUACGGUGCCAAGGGCAGCGCCGACAUCGGCCCCGCCAUCACCAAGGCGUUCCAGCAGUGCGUCAUGGCCGGCGGCAGCGCCAACAAGGUGCUGCUGAUCCCGCAGGGCAACUGGGUGCUCAGCAGCCACGUGCGCCUCGACAAGGGCACCGACUACACCUUCCAGUGGGACGGCCAGGUGACGCUGCCCCACGACGAGAGCAUCGGCGGCGGCGCCAUGGUCACUUUUGGCUACUCGCAGCGCAUGCUCCUGAAGGGCAGGGGCAAGUUUAUCGGCGGCGGCGUCAACUGGCGCGCAAACGGCCUCAACAACAACCGGCCGCGCCUCAUCAACUUCUUCAAGUGCGCGGACAGCGAGGCGACGGGCGUCCACCUCGACGACUCGCCCAUGUUCUUCCUGGGCCUGUCGCAGUGCACGGGCAUGAAGGUGCACGACAUGGUCUUCUCUUCGCCCCCUCCGUACAAGGGCAGCACCGACGCCGUCGACGUGUCGUGCACCAACUGCAAGAUCUGGAACCUGGACAUCACCAACGGCGACGACUCGGUCGUCAUGAAGUCGCCCGCCCACAACGUCGAGGUGCGCAACGUCACCAUCCGCCACGGCUACGGCAUCGGCAUCGGCACCGCGGGCAAGAACGGCGUCUUCGACAUCUCCAACAUCUACGCCUCCGACAUCCACCUCAUCGACGCCACGGCGGGCCAGUACACCAAGAGCUACCCGAGCGCCACGGGCGUCAUCCGCAACUUUACCAUGGAAAACGUCACGCUCAAGAACGUCGCCAAGCCCAUCGCCAUCGACCCGUUCUGGGGCGGCGGAUCCAUGGACACGCCCGAGUCGGGCGUCGGUCCGAGCAAGCUCAUCAUCCAGGACUUUACCUUUAGGCACUGGAGAGGCACCGGCGACGCCACCACCCGCCCCACGAUUUUCCUCAACGGAUCGCCCGCCGCGCCCAUGAAGAACAUGGUGUUUGAGGACGUCGUCCUCGGCAAGGAGGGCAACCGCAAGCCCGAAAUCAAGAUCCUCAACGCCUGCGGCUCCGGCCUGGCCCAGCUCAAGAGCUGCGGCGGCGGCAGCAACAAGAGGAGCUUCCGCGCUUGA